AUGAUUAAAGGGUUCUUGGCAUCAUGAAAUGGUUCUUCAGAUUGAUGGAGAAUGUGCUAUAGGUGGUUCUAUAUAGAACCUUGAAGUUAAGCUUGUAACCAUAGAAGAACCCUUUUUGGUGCUAUAAAGAACCCUUUUCAAGAAGUUUAUAGUACAUCCUCCAUCAAUCCGAAGAACACUUUCAUGAUGCAUGGAACCAUUUAAUCAUGCAGAGGGUUCUUUGAGUGUUUAUCAUUCCACCUAGAACCAUUUUCUUUACUACAGAACCUUUGAAGAACCAUCUUUUUUAAGAGUAUACCUUACCUACAGGUAUAUUGCUUUUACUGUGUGCAUUACUUUAUAAUUUUUCACCUGUAGUUUUCAGUUUUCUUUACAUUUCUCAUGUCAAGCUAACUUAACCAGCCUUCUGUCAGAACACGUUCUCUUUAUCAUGUGUUACAUUAAAUGGGUUUGUUUGUUUCUUUUUAAACUGUUAAAAUAUCUAAAAUAUGUCUAAAAUCUGUUUCUACUAACUCUUCUUCUAUAAAAACUCUCUCUUUAUCGUGUAAAUCCUCAUUCUCCUCCUUUAAUCUCCUCUGUUUUCUCCCAUCAUCUCUUGUUUAGCUCCACGCAGACAGCCUCUCGUCUUGUUCCUCAGUGUUAUGUUUCAAAUGCUCUUUGCAUGUUAUUUAUCGCCGACCAAUCAGAAGCGUCUCUUUCUGUGCUGCGUCUGCAGCGGUGUUUAUGAUUGGUCGUUCGCCCACGCUAGGGCGUGGUUUAGCGCCACCUCCCCCCUCCUCGUCUCUGAUUGGUCAGCUGGCUGCAUUCCUCCACUGGAGAAGCUGCCGGUGCGGUCAGUAUAACCGUGGAGGAGCGCGGUGAUGGUGGAGUCCGCGAUAGAAGAGCGUUAGAGCGGCUUUAAACACAGCGAGACUGGGCCAUGGGACUGGUAGAGCGGGUGAUCAGUAACCGGAGGAGUGAUUAAGGUGGACGGCGGGGAGCUGAGCGGACUGCGUGUGUUUUUGUUCCUGUUGGAUCCGCAGUGGAGUUUGGAGAUGAGGGUGUUCGGGCUGCUGUUAUGGGUUCGGCUGCUGGAGCUGCUUCUGCUGUCGGUCAGGCAGAGCUACACCGCGGACCAGUGCAGCUGGAGGGGCAGUGGUCUAUCCCAGUUGCAGGGCAGUGUGGAGCAGGUGUUUCUGCGCUGUGCUGAAGGGUCAGUCGAGUGGUUAUAUCCGGCCGGGGCUCUGCGUCUCUCCCUCUCUCCCCGCCCGCUGUGGGCGGGGCUUGGGCCGGGAGUGUCCAGUAACACUCCAGCGUCCGUCUGCGUGAAGGCGGAGCCGCAGUGGAGCGGGGCUCAGCUCUACCUGGAGCGAGAUGGGGUGCUGGAGCUGCUGAUCGGGGACGCGCCAGGCCACGCCCACACGCGCUGCUUCAGCGUCACUUCUGGAGAAAGACCCAUCCUCUUCCUGCAGGCCACGCCCCAUCAAGACAUCAGCCGGCGAAUCGCGGCCUUCCGCUACGAGCUGAGGGGGGAACGGACGGAGCGUCCGAGCGACAACUCCGUACACCCGGAGCCAGUCAGCAGUGAAGGAGCCUGCAGGCCGUGUAACGAUACAGAAAUGCUGAUGGCAGUGUGUACCAGCGACUUCGUGGUGCGAGGAAACAUCCGUGCAGUGGACACAGACGCUGACCUGCGAGCGGCGGUGAUCAAAGUCAGCGCCACCCGGGUUUACCGCCAGAAAUUCGCCUUGUUCUCCAGUAACGGCCGCCUGACGCAUUCCGGAGAGAUCCGGACGCCGCUGAGCUGUGGCGUUCGCACGGGCUCGGGCAGCUUCCUGUUCACUGGACACAUCCACUUUGGGGAAGCGUGGCUGGGCUGUGCGCCGCGGUACAAAGACUUCCUGAGGGUGUAUGAGCAGGCCAAGCAAGAGCUGCAGAUACCCUGCACCCUCGACACUCAUUGAGAGAGAGACAGACAGAGAGAGAGAGACAAAACAUCAUUAAUGCUGCUUCUGUGUUGGAGCCACUCGGCUGAUUAGGAGAGAAAGACAGAGGAAAUGAAACUCCAUCCUUCGCCAGCUCUCCCAGAAAGAGAGCGAAAGAGGAGAAGAAAGGAAUGUGACUGUCCUUGACUCUCCAGAACCAGCUGAGUGUUCCUGCAAAUCCCUCAGCUUGGCUGUCGUCUCAGAAAGACAGAAAUGAAAAGACAGCACGACGGCCACGGCCAGCCAGUCGGAUGAAAAGAGAAUCCGGAUGCCUUUGAGUUCGGAGGUCACGAUUGUCGGCCUCAAAAUCUGGCCGAACUGGGCCAAGAAGAGCGAAGAAGAACCGUCUCAGGAAACUCUGUGACUUUGGGAGCUUUCUUGCGUGAACUUCCCAAAAAAAA